AUGGUGGAACCUGCCGGGAAUAUUUCGAGUGUCUUGGGUGUUGUUCUCCAAGCUGGCACGUGGGUGGCUGCUCCGAUUUGGCAUCAAUUUAAGUACUUGUACAACUACAAUACCAAUUUUGACAAUCUCCAAGAAGAACUUAUUAGGCUGAAGGAUGCGAAAGACAGGGUGGAGCGUAAGGUUGAUCCUGCUGAAAGAAAUGUGGAAGAGAUUGAAGGAAAUGUGAAGAAGUGGCAGAAUAAUGUGGAGAAGACCGUUGUUCAAGCAGAGAGGUUGAUUCAAGAUAAAUCAAACAACCCCCGAUGUUUGAAGGGAUUGUGCCCCAACUUGAAAACCCGCUACAAACAUAGCAAGAAGGCAUUCAAAAUAAAGCGGGAUGAUAUUGGUCCACUCCUGCUGCAAGAAGAGAAGUUCGACAGAGUUUCCUAUCCUACUGUUCCACCAGAGAAGAACUUUGACAAGCUCAGAGAUGAUGUUUUGAAGCUGACGAAUGCAAGACUUAAAGUGCAGCGUAAGGUUGAGGAGGCUAGAAACAACGAGGAAGAGAUUGAAGAGGAUGUGAAGAAGUGGCUAGAGGAUGUUGACUCGAUCAUUGUAAAAGCAGAGGAGUUGAUUAAAAACCAAAGUUCAAUUGGCACUGACCGCAAGACCCGCUACCAAAAUAGCAAGGCAGCUUCCAAAUUAAUGGUGGAAGAUAUUGGUCCACUCCUGCAGCAAGAAGAAAGAUUCCAUAAAGUUUCCUAUUCAACUAUUCAACAAUCCGACUACGAGAAGAACUUUGACAAGCUCGGAGAUGAUGUUUUGAAGCUGACGAAUGCGAGACGCAAAGUGCAACGUAAGGUUGAGGAGGCUAGAAACAACGAGGAAGAGAUUGAAGAGGAUGUGAAGAAGUGGCUAGAGGAUGUUGACUCUAUCAUUGUUAAAGCAGAGGAGUUGAUUAAAAACCAAAGUUCAAUUGGCACUGACCGCAAGACCCGCUACCAAAAUAGCAAGGCAGCUUUCGAAUUAAUGGUGAAAGAUAUUGGUCCACUCCUGCAGCAAGAAGAAGGAUUCCAUAAAGUUUCCUAUUCAACUAUUCAACAAUCCGACUACGAGAAUAACUUUGACAAGCUCGGAGAUGAUGUUUUGAAGCUGAAGAAUGCGAGACGGAAAGUGCAGCGUAAGGUUGAGGAGGCUAAAAACAACGUGGAAGAGAUUGAAGAGGAUGUGAAGAAGUGGCUAGAGGAUGUUGACUCUAUCAUCGUUAAAGCAGAGGAGUUGAUUGAAAACCAAAGUUCAAUUGGCACUGACCGCGAGACCCGCUACAAAAAUAGCAAGGCAGCAUCCGAAUUAAUGGUGGAUAAUAUCGGUCCACUCCUGCAGCAAGAAGAAAGAUUCGAAAAAGUUUCCCAUCCUACUAUUCACAAGGAGAUAUGGCUUAGAUAUAAUGAAGAUUAUUUGGCAUUCGAAUCAAGAAACUCCACUGAGAAGAAUGUAUGGGAGGCAUUAAAAGAUGAGAAGAUAUACAUGAUGGGUGUUUAUGGGAUGGGUCGUCUAGGCAAGACCACUCUUGUGCAGGAAAUUGGUAGGAAAGCCGAGAUGGAUAAGCUCUUUGAUGCGAUUGUUUUUGUUGAGGUAACAGACACUCCGGAUACAAAAAAAAUUCAAACAGUAAUUGCAAACAAGUUAGGUGUCAAAUUCGAUGAUGCAAUCGAAGAUGAGAGUCAAAGAGCAAGUAAGUUAUAUUCAAGAAUUGAGAAGAGGAAUAUCCUUUUAAUCGUAGAUAAUAUUUGGGAAGAGCUAGAUUUGAAGAUUGUAGGAAUUCCUUAUGGAGCUGAUUGUGGAAGAAGUAAAAUAUUGAUGACAAUAAGAAACGUUGAUGUGUUGGAGAAGAUGGGUUCUGCAAAAAAUGUCGGGAUGGGUAUUUUAAAUGAAGAAGAAGCUUGGAGCCUAUUCAAGAAAAUGGCAGGUAAUGUUAUUCAAACACCUGGAUUGAAUUCUUUACCAAAGGAUGUAUGCAAAGAAUGUGGAGGUUUGCCUAUUGUCAUUUGUACUAUAGCAAAGGCAUUAAGGAACAGGAGACAAAAAUCUCAAUGGGAAGAUGCUUUGCUAAUACUAAGAACGCCUUCCCCAGCAAAGUUCACAAGACUUUUAGAAAAGGAAUAUUCAAAAAUUAAGUUGAGAUACGAUUAUCUAGAAUAUGAUGAGCUCAAGAAAACUUUCAUAAUUCUUAGUCUAAUGGAAAACGAUACUUCCAUUUUAGACUUUCUCAAGAAUAUCGUUGGUUUGGGUAUACUUGAAGGAGCUAACCUUACAAUAGAACAAGCACGGAAUAGACUGGAUUCAGUGGUCAAGGAACUCAAAGAUUCUUGCUUGUUACUUGAUGGUAGAACCGAAGGAAGAUUUUCUAUGCAUGACAUUGUUCGCAUUGUUGCUUUAACAUGUGCAUAUACAGAUCAUCAUGUAUUUACAGAGAGAAAUGACAUUGAAAAGGAAUGGAAGGAUAAAGAUAAACUUAGAAAAUGCACAAUUGUCUCUUUAGUUGGUAAUAAUAUUAUUACUCAACUUUGGCCUGAAGCAUUAGAUUGUCCAAAACUUGAAUUUCUUAGGGGUUCUUCUUUCGAAAUCUCUAUGAAGUUUUUCACAAUGAUGCCAAAGCUAAAAGUUCUAAAUUUAUUUAGAAUACAACAGUUGUUGCCGUCGUCACUUGAUCUUCUAGCAAACCUUCAAACAUUGUGUUUAGAUGAUAGCAAAAUUGAAGAUGUUGCUAUUGUCGGAAAGCUUAAGAAGCUAAAGUCCUUAGUUAUUUUCACCAAUUUGCAGGCCUUGGAAUUGAAAAAAAUUAGUUUCGGAAAGAUUUGGGACAACCAAUUUCCAACACUUAUGUCUUCCUCCUAUCAGAAUUUGACAAGCUUUAUCUUGUGGGGUUGUAGAAAAAUAAAAUAUGUCUUUCCAUCUUCCAUUGCCAAAAGCCUCCAGACUCUACAACACCUUGAGAUAAUGCAUUGCGAGGUUUUAGAGGAGAUUGUUGAGGAAGAAGAAGAAGCAAAAGAUGUUAAUUUUGCCUUUCCACAAGUUACCUUUUUGGAGCUUCAGAAUUUGCCAAAACUUGCAGCUUUUUAUCCUGGAAUACAUACUUGUGAGUUGCCGAUGUUAAAAAGGUUGGAGAUCAAGAAAUGUGAAAAAUUCACUUCAAAAUAUCUAAGCUUCCAAGAAAAUUCACUUCAUAUCCCAGAGCCAAAACCCCUUUGCUUGGAGCAUAAGAUCAACUCUAAUUUGGAGGAUUUGUCUUUAAAGAAUAAGUUGACACGUAUUACUUGGGAGAGUCAAUUUAAAACUCUUGAGAUCAUAUAUGAUAAGUCAGCAAAUAUUCCACUUGGGCUCCUCUAUAGAUUUGAAAAUCUAGAAAAUCUUCAAUUAUAUUCUUGUGGAUACAAAGAAAUGUUCUCAUGUGGAAAGGAUGAGAAACAAAUGCAGAUCACUCUAGGACCAUCCUUAGCUUUUUUCCAGAAUGUUAAAGUUCUGAAUGUAAGAGAGUGUAGAGAGUUGAUGAAGUUAAUGACACCUUCAACAGCUAGGAGCUUGGUGUAG